AUGCAAGGUAAUGUCGCUUUAGCACUAGCAUCAUCUGGAAUCGCUGCGACAUUGUUAGACGGUGGUAGAACAGCCCAUUCGGUACUAAAGUUGCCACUAAACAUACAUUCAUGUGAAAAUGCAGUAUGCAAUAUAAAAAAACAUUCCAAUAUGGCUAAGAUACUUCAAAAAUGUCACAUCAUUGUUUGGGAUGAAUGCACAAUGGCACAUAAGUAUUCAUUGAAAGCAUUAAAUCGAACACUUAAAGAUUUAAAUGCCAACGAUAGACUUUUUGGAGGCGCUUUAAUUUUAUUGGCAGGUGAUUUUAGACAAACAUUGCCAGUUAUUCCACGUUCAACCUAUGCUGAUGAAAUCAAUGCUUGCCUUAAAUCAUCUAUUUUGUGGCGAAGUGUCCAUAUAUUGCGAUUUACCGAAAACAUGCGUGUUGGACUACAGAGAGAUUAA